UGUGAGAGACCUCGGCAAGAAUCAUCUGCUCUGGAUCAGCAACAAAAUGGAGGAACCUGCUUCGGAAAUGAGCCCCUCUAUGGAGCGUAAAACAAAGGGGACUGAGAGUGUCCUGAUGGAGAGAGCAGACUCCCCUGUACCCAGCUGUGUUUCCAUGAAGAGUGACAGGUCAAUGCCCCCCCCACUCAACUUCAGAGAGGGACCUUUACCUUCAGAUCAAAGAGACCAAAUGGCUGAAUGCAGAUCAGAUCUACAGGAUAAACUGGGUUUAUCAUUCAUAUUGAAGUCACUAGAGGAAAAUGCUGUGAGGUUCCUGAAGGAUGAGCUGAAGAAGAUCAUGAGGUACCUAGAUCAGAAUUACCCAGAAUCCUCUGGGCCUCAGCUGGAGGAGGACAAUGACCUGGACUGUGAUGGUCAGAUGCAGAAGACCUGUGGUAGAGAGGGAGCUCUGAAGAUCACACUGUACAUCCUGAGGACCAUGAAGCAAAAUGAUCUUGCUGACAUGCUGGAGAAGAGACAGCUCAUGCUGCAACAUCAGCAGGAAAUCAAAUGUAAACUUAAGAAGCAAUUUGAGUGUGUAUUUGAAGGGAAAGCUAAGGAAGGACAGCCAACACUUCUCAGUGAGAUUUACACAGAACUCUACAUAACUGAAGGUGGGACUGGAGCAGUAAAUGAGGAACACGAAGUAAGACAGAUUGAAAUAGCAUCCAAGAAAAGGCGAACAGAAGAUACUACAGUCAAGUGCAAUGAUAUAUUUAAACCCUUAUGUGAGCGUGUGACACCUAUCAGAACUGUACUCACUAAAGGGGUGGCAGGUAUCGGAAAAACAGUCUCUGUGCAGAAAUUUAUUCUCGACUGGGCAGAAGGAAAAGCAAACCAGGAUGUUCACUUCAUAUUUGCUCUUCCUUUCCGGGACCUGAAUUUGAUUAAGGGUGAAUACAGUCUGAUUGAACUGCUUCACCACUUUGUCCCAGAACUGAAAUCAUUUCAAUCCACUGAGCUGUUUAGGUACAAAGUCUUGUUCAUCUUUGAUGGUCUUGAUGAGUGUCGCCUUCCUCUGGAUUUUCAGAACAAUGAGAGCUGGUUUGAUGCAACAAAGAAAACGUCACUGGAUGUGCUGUUGACUAACCUCAUUAAGGGGAAUCUGCUCCCAUCCACUCUCCUCUGGAUAACCUCCCGGCCAGCAGCAGCCAAUCAGAUACCUGCUAAGUGUGUCCAUCAGGUGACAGAGAUACGAGGGUUCAGUGAUGCCCAGAAGGAGGAGUAUUUCAGGAAGAGAUUUAGUGAUCAGAGCUUGGCCAGCAGGAUUACCACACAUGUGAAAUCAUCAAGGAGCCUCUUCAUCAUGUGCCACAUACCUGUGUUCUGCUGGAUUUCAGCCACUGUGCUUAAGAGGCUUUUUAGUGAGACUGAUAGGGGAGAAAUUCCAAGGACUCUGACUGAAAUGUACACACACUUCCUGAUCUUUCAGACAAGUUUAAAAAAUGACAAGUAUAUGAAAAACCAUGAAACUAAGAUUAUGGAAUACAGCAAGGAAUUCCUUUUAAAACUUGGUAAACUUGCUUUUGACAAUCUUGAGAAAGGCCAUCUCAUAUUUUAUGAGCAAGAUCUGACAAGGAAUGGCAUUGAUGUCACUGAAACUUCAGUUUACUCUGGAGUCUGCACAGAAGUCUUUAAAGAGGAGUAUGGGUUGUACCAGGAGAAGGUGUACUGCUUUGUGCAUCUGAGCAUCCAGGAGUAUUUCGCUGCUUUAUAUAUGUUUCUGUCAAACUCAUCAGCUGACCUCCUGAAGACUGCAGUGGAUCAGGCAUUAGAGAGCAAGAAUGGACACUUGGACCUCUACCUCCGCUUCCUCCUGGGCCUCUCAACAGACUCCAGUAAGACUCUGUUACAAAGGCUACUGGGGCCGACAGAAACCAGCUCACAUACCAUUAAGGAAACAGACCAAUACAUCCAUCCAUCCAUUUUCCAAACCACUUAUCCAUCAGGGUCGCAGGAGGUCCAGAGCCUAUUCCGGAAGCCAUGGGCACAAGGCAGGGAACAACACAGGAUGGGGGGCCAGCCCAUCACAGCCGCCCAAUACAUCCAUCCAUGCAAUUUCCAAACCUCUUAUCCAUCAGGGUCGCAGCAGGUCCAGAGCCUAUUCCGGAAGCCAUGGGCACAAGGCAGGGAACAACCCAGGACGGGGGGCCAGCCCAUCACAGCCGCCCAAUACAUCAAGGAGAAAAUAAAGGAGAAUUUAUCUCCAGAAAGGACCAUCAACCUGUUCCACUGUCUGACUGAGCUGGGUGACAAUUCUCUAGUAGAGGAAGUACAAAGAUACCUGAAUUCAGGAAACAUUUCAGCAGAUGACCUCUCACCUGCACAGUACUCAGCUCUGGCCUUUGUGAUGCUGAUGUCAGAUGAGGAGCUGGAUGUGUUUGACCUGAAGAAAUACAUCAGAUCGGAUAAACAGCACUGCAGGCUGCUGCCUGUGGUCAAGAACUCCAGGACGGCUCUGCUGAACAGCUGUGAUCUCAUAGAUAAACACUGUGAAGUGCUGUCUUCAGCCCUAAGAUCAAACUCUCCCCCCCUGAGAGAGCUUGACCUGAGUGAUAAUAACCUGAAAGAUUCAGGAAUGAAGCUGCUCUCUGCUGCACUGGAAGAUUUACACUGUAAACUGGAGAUAUUGAGGGUGGGCCGGUGUGAACUCACAGAGAAAUGCUGUGAGGCACUGGCUUCAGCUCUCAGAUCAAACUCCUUACCCCUGAGAGAGCUGGACCUGAGUAACAAUGACCUGCAGGACUCAGGAGUGAAGCUGCUCUCUGUUGGACUGGAGGACUUACACUGUAAACUGGAGAUACUGAGACUGUCAGGCUGUAGAGUCACAGAAGAAGGCUGUUCUUCCCUGGCUUCAGCUCUGAGGUCAAACCCCUCACACCUGAGAGAGCUGGAUCUGAGCUACAAUCACCCAGGAGACUCAGGAGUGAAGCUGCUCUCUGCUGUACUGGAGGAUCCCAGCUGUAAACUGGAGAAGCUGAAUGUGGAUCACGGUGGAGAGUGCAGGACCGGACCAGGCUUACAGAAAUACUCCUGCCAGCUGAUGCUGGAUCCCAACACAGCAAACAGAUUCCUGUCUCUGUCAGGGGGGAACAGGAAGGUGACAGGGGGGGCAGAGCAGCCAUAUCCUGAUCAUCCAGAGAGAUUUGACAGCUGGAGCCAAGUUCUGUGCAGAGAGAGUCUGACUGGUCGCUGUUACUGGGAGGCUGAGUGGGAUGGAGAUGGAGCCUGGAUAGGAGUCACUUAUAAAGGGAUCAGGAGGAAAGGAGGGAGGGACUGUGGGCUUGGAGCCAAUGACAAGUCAUGGAUGCUGUGCUGUGAUACUGACAGAUACUACGUCCGGCACAAUAAGAAAAAGACUCUCAUACCCAUAAAGCCCUCAGGCUCCCGCAGAGUAGGAGUGUAUCUGGACUGGGGGGCUGGUGCUCUGUCCUUCUACAGAGUCUCCUCUGAUGGACUGACCCCCCUGCACAGAUUCACCUCCUCAUUCACUGAGUCCCUCUAUCCAGGGUUUUGGGUUUAUAGAAACUCCUCAGUGUCACUGUGACAUGUUGCUGGUUCUGCUGGCAAAAACGUAAAAUCUCUGCUUUUUAACCUUUAUAAUACUUUUUACUCUGAAAUGUACAGAACUGUGCAAAAGUCUUAGGCAGGCAAAGAAAAUGAUGUUUAGAUUAUCCUCCUGUUGGUGUAAAACUAUGAUAUGAUGCCUGUCAAAGUGUGUCAGCUUCGCCAUUUCAGAACCUCUGCUAAAAUCAUCCUAGUAUUUGCAGUGACCGUCCAGUGCAGCCAUGUAUUUUUUGACUUGGCCACUAGCAGACCUCAUACAGCUAGUCAAUCUCUCACUGACUUUUUAAAGUGAUAUAUUUCAUUAUUUAAUUGAGCUGUUGGUGAAAUU